UCGUGCUGGCAAGUCGUCGUCGUUGUGUCGCCUGUGUCGUCGUCGUCGUGUUACGAUAUAAGCGCGUGCUACAUCGCGAUAACAAUAAUAAAAAAAAUAAUAAUUAAUAAAUAAUUACGGCGAUCGUUCGCGAGGAGUGCACACAUACGACUCGUGUAUGCUCGCUGUCGAUGUCGUUUCUCUUUAAUCGAAAUAAUAACUAAAAAAAAAGGGUAAUAAAAUUUUCCAAAGAAUUAAGCAGCAGCAGGGGGAGAACACGAGGGAGACUUUUCUCACCCCACCCUAGCCCUCCUCUCUCUCUCUCUCUUCUUCAUCUUACCCGUGGUGAUACCGUGAUUAAAUUUCCGUCUAUGAAGUGCGAGUGUGUUUGUGUGCGAAUGAUAAUAAAAAAAAAAAAAAACGUGUUGACUCACUUUUUCGUGUCCAAGUAGUGCCCCGGUGUGCGUGACAUUGAGUCCGAUUUAUAAGAAAAGAAAAGAAAAAAACGUGUGAUACAGGUACAUUUAUAUAGAAAUUUUCUACCGAAUUUCUAAGUAAAAAAAAAAAACAAGUGUCAAAAUCAAUCUGUGCGCCGUGCUGUCGCCCACUGGCCUUCAACUGGCUGACAUAACGCGACAGAACCCGGAUUAUCCGGGUUUUCAAUACCACUACUUCAAUUAUCUCGAGGCGAACAGCCACAACAACAACAACCACAACAACAGCGGCAGUGGCGGUAGCGUAUCCUCGUCGUCCUCGUCGUCGUCCGCGUACCACCCCGCCCUGAUAAUCGGCGGGGACAACAACAGCAGCAGCAACUGCAACAGCAACAGCAACAGUCCCGUGAUAAUAGACAAUCACUAUCAUCAGUCGGACCUAGUUAUAGACGAGCAUCAGCGUUGUCAUCGACACUAUCCAGCAGCACCGCCAGCGCUACCAGCACAGGGCCCGUCCGCGACGGCGGCGGUGAGCAUGAGCUGCUCCGAGGUGAUGUACCAGUACUAUCCGUACCUGUAUCAGAGGCCGCCGCCGCCGCAUCCGCCGCCGCCACCGCCGCACCCGCACGCGGCGGCUGCGGCCUCGAGCAAUGUCGUGGUCGGGGCCGCUCAUCCGAGCGUGGCCCACGCCGGUAAUCACGCGGCGGCCGCGGCCCAUCACGGCAGUCCCGCGAGGCCGGCGCCCUUUCAGCCCUUCUCGCCGGCCGCCGCCACGGCCAGCCACCAGUACGAUAGGACGACAUUCUUACACACGAACAGCGCCACAACGAUCACACCCACCUCAUCGCGCGCUCAGCAGACCAAUCGCAUGGAAAGCCAGCAUAUCAAUCAGCUGAACGUGAACCAAAGAUCGCUGGAGAGCGCAAGCCUGGAACUGGCCUCGGCAGCGGCAGCGGCAGCGGCGGCGGCAGCCUCGGCCGUGCAGCAGCAGCAACAACAGUCCAGCAGCGCAGGAGGCGGUAGUUCGAGCGCCGUGCCCCAGGGCCAGUCGAGCAGCAACGCCGGCUCCCUCAGCUCGGCGCCGAGUCCCGCCUCGCCCAGACAAACCUCCCAACAGCAGCAGCAGCAGCAACAGCAACAACAACAGCAACAGCAGCAGCAUCGGCCGUCGCUGUCAUCGUCGGCCCAGACGCCGCGGAGCCUCGACGACGACAGGUCGACCGAUGGUAAGCUCACGAUGAUGAUGACGAUGGCCGGCCCGCGGGACGCGAAUCACAACUACCACCCCUAUUACCGAUACCAUGACCGACAACGACGUCGAUCCACACAAUCGUCUCUAUCCUCCUGUCACUCCUCCUGGCAAUCGUCGUUAUCUUCGUCGUCCCCCGAGCUCGAUGUAACCUGCAUGCAUGACCAAGACGAUAACGCGCUAACGACGACGACGCCUACGGAUGCGACCAUGUUGUAUAAUAAUUUCUGUCCGACGGGUCACGCAGUCGGCGCCAACACGGACGACUCGAGCGACCAUCAUCAGCAUCACCAACAGCAUCAGCAGCAUCAGCAGCAACAUCAUCAUCAGCAACAGCAGCAGCAACAGCAGCAACAGCAGGGCGAGUCGUCGCAGGGCCGCGCCCAGUACGUCAACGCCAAUUGCGUCGUGUUCACGCAUUACCGGGGCGACGCCGCCAGCGAGGUCGACGAGCACUUCCAGCGCGCCCUGGCCCAGGACAAGCUCAAAGGUCCGUUAGAAUUUCAUUUUGCAGACAACAACAAUCCGAUGAUCGCGAGGAAUUUCCCGGCCUCGUUCUGGAAGAGCCACCACGACGUCUACGAGUACACGGCCGACCCCUGGCAUCCGCACUACACCCAGUAUCAUCCCCGAUCCGUGCACGACUACCAUCACCACCAUCAUCACAACAUGGCAGCGGCGGCGAGCUACAACAGCCUCCUGCUGAAUCGCAGCCUCGGCCACCCGAGCGCCGGCGCCCACCAUCCGGGCGUCAACGUCAACGUCGCCGCGGCGGCCGCUGCUGCGCAUCAUCACGCCGCUGCGAGCUACAAGGACUGGACGACCGCAGCGGCGGCCGCGGCCGUCCAGACGCCGACGGCACAGUCGCUGGUGGACGCGUCCUCGGCGCCGCCCUAUCCGCACGGACCCUACGCGCCGCUUUCGAGCGACUACUGGACGUAAACGGGAGAGGGAGAAGGAGAUACGAGUUUUUUCAACUUUUCAUUUUUUUUUGUUUUAUUUCGUUGUCGACGAUUCGAUACUUUGUUUAUUUUUUUCUCUUAUCCGACCCCCUUUUUAUUACGAAGUAAUAAUUUGACUGUACAAAUGGCGACGAUCGCGAAACUGCUUCACUAUAGAUCAUAUUAAUGCAAAAUGAAUACAAUAUAACGUAACUAGUGUAGAUUGUAAUUUGUAAAUUUCGUUGUAUUAUUGUAUUAAAUUAUCUAAACGAAUAUUAAGUAUACACGAUAGCAUAAUACGAACAAUCGUCGAGUGUCCUUUUCUCUCUCCCCCGACACGAAAAAAAAAAAAUCGGCAAACACGAUUUUCCACUCGAUCGCGCGCGAUGACGCGUAAAAUUGUUUUUAUUCCCUGUAUACCCGGCGCGAGUCGAGGGUGAGAGACACAUAGAGAGAGACAGGAUAGACGCGUAACUAAUGUGUUUAUAUAUACGCGCGAUGGACACCGAGGACGAUUAUCUCUUGCACCACACUCGAUGCAUGAGUGCAUGAUUUUCCCCGCGCGAUUAUCGCGCGUUAUAUAGAAGAUACACAUUCGAGUGUGGCGUAUAAUCGUGACGAUACGAGCCAUAAAAACUCGUCGUAAGAUUAUUUUAUGUGGCAUUGACGCCCACGCCCACACGCACACACACAGUUUUACGCUUCAAUUACACGUAUACAGUACACACUUACACACACACACAGACAUGAUAUAUAAGCCCCCAUUUAUAUAAUACACCUAUACAGACACAAGCUUAUACCAAAUUGCACGCGAAAUAUGGAGACGAGUAUUGCGGAUCAUCCGACUAGGUAAUGAUAGUUUGUAAUUGAGAAUACAAGUAGCUUAAUUCAUUACGAUGAUAUACAGCUUUGAAAAAUGAGCGACAUAAUUAUUGUAAUAAUUUAAAUUUAAAAAAAAAACAAGAGAAUUAAAAAUUAACGAAUCUCGCGCGCUUCUACCCCCGUGUAUAUUACGACGCUAUUAAAAUAUAAUUGUACUCGAUGAAAUAAUUAAGAAUUUACAAAUUAUACGAUAUAUUAUCAUUAUUAUUGUUUAUAAUUCGACGCCAAAAGGGUCUGCAAGUAAUACGUUAUACGUAAGCGACGUUACAUUAUUAUAAUUAUCAUCAUUGUUUAUUAUUAUGAUAAUGUCAACGAUCGCGUCUUUUUUUUCGUGUAUCUGUAAAUAUAUCGCAAUUGCCAAGAUUGCGAGGGACAAUUGAUGCGAAAAAAAAUUGAGGCGUGCACAAAGUUGAUAAACAACAACGAAAAAAAAAAUCAUCACUUCUAAUAACGGCAUUAUAUAGAGAAAAAUAAAUAACUUCGAUCGUUAUCUUCUCUAUCUACUAGCAAUAAAGUUGUGACGUUAUCUUAAAAUGAUCGUUGUGGUGAUUCUUUUUUUUUCUAAUCCACGUUAAAAUCACGAAACGAGCCAUUCUUCGAUUGUUUGUUUGUUUGUGUUUUUUUUUUUUUUUUGGUAAGAUAUAAGUUUGCAAAUUAUUGAUUCGAGAUCGGUAGUACUACACACCCGAGUAAUCCGCAAUCGAACAUCAAUAAUUAACGAAUUAAUAAUAUUCAUUGUGUUUUAUUUGUACAGUCACUAGAGCGAAAUAAACUAUAUAGUUCGAAUUUUAGCCUAAGGAUACGUCUACGAUAUAAUUAAGGAACAUCAAUGGAUAAUAAUAUAAAACAAUGAGAUAUUAUCAUCUUGCGCUUAAUUGUACUUAAAAGGUUAAUAUUUCUUUAGUUGUAUAACUGUAUAACUUGUAAAUAUCAUUUGUAUUAAAUUGUGCUUUUGUUAACCUAUUUCAUCAUUAAUAAAAAGAAAAAAACGACAAAA